AUGGCCCAAAUGAUGCAAGGCAUGCAGGGACAACAACCUCCUGCUCAAGUUCCCGUUCCUCAAGCUGCAACUGGACCUGAUUUUCGUGCCUUCUUCAGGAUGGAUCCUCCAGAGUUUGUUGGCGGACUUGAUUCACUCCUGGCUCAUGACUGGUUAGCUGGAAUGGAGAGGGUGUUUCAAGCUAUUCAGUGUACUGAAGAAGAGAAGGAGAUUCCUAAGGAUUGGCAACACUUCAAAGUGGCAUUCUUGGAGAAGUACUUCCCUAACAGUGUGAGGACUCAGAAGGAACGUGAAUUUCAGAACUUCAAGCAAGGUGACAUGACUGUUUCAGAAUAUGCAGAGAAGUUCGAGGACUUGGCAGACUACUCCAGACAAGCCGUUUAUGCUCCAGAUGAACUAUGGAAGAUUGAUCAUUUGAAGAGGGUUCAAGAAGAAAGGAACCAGAACAGAACUAACUUUAGGGAGCAAGGGAGAUCUACUCAACAUUUGAGGCCCCGUAACCCUCCAUCAAAGAAGAAGCAGGUUUAUGGUGACCAAUCGGCUCAACCUCCCCAUUGUCGCAAGUGUGGAAGGAAGCAUACCGGGGAGUGCAAGUUUGUUUCUGUGACUUGUUUUAGAUGUGGCGAGCAGGGCCACAUAGCUCCACAGUGUCCACAAAAGAGGAUUCCAGAGAAGACUGCAGGUCGAGUUUACACUUUGGAUUCGAGAAAGGCCAAGGGAAACAACAAUCUUAUUGCGGGUACGUGCUAUGUUAACAAUCAACCUUUAUGUGUUUUAGUUGAUUGUGGAGCCACUCAUUCCUUUGUCUCUAUUGAGUGUGUUUACCGACUUGGUUUGGAAGCUACUCCAUUACCCAGUCCUAUGAUUAUUUCUUCGGCGACGGACGAUACCGUGGAAGCUCGACUAAUUUGUAAAGAUUGUUCAAGAAGGCCAUAUUCAUUCCUGCUGAAGAGACUUCUUCUGACAAUGCAAUUGCCAAGUUGA